GGGACAACUACUAUCACUAAAUAUCUAGCAUCCUUAUCCUCUUCUUUGUCUCUUUCCCUUCCUUCUCCCUUCUCUCUCUCUCUCUGACUACCAGCACGAAGAUGACGAUGGUGGCUAGCUGUGCGGGGUGGCGCGUUGGGCGUGGAGGACGCUCGUCGGAGCCAGUGCCCGCCGUUGUCCCCGUCGCCGUCGCCCCACCGCCGCGGGGUCGAGGCGACGACGAGGAGCUCGGCGAUAGGUGCGGUGAAUAAGAGGGAGAGUGGGAGCGGGACGUGGAGGCCGCUGCUGGCGCCGGGGACGGCGUUGCCGGGCGGGAGCUUCUCCUGUCGGCUCAAGACCUCGGCCGCCGAGGAGGACGACGACGGCGCGGCCCCGGCAAGGGUCGCCCUCAAGCUCGCCUCCCUUACCGCGCUGCUCUGGCUCCCCGCCCUCGUUGGUCUUCUCAUCGGCUGCCCCACCUUGACGACCAUCGGAUUCGCCGCUGCCUCCUCCUCCACACUCCGCCUCGCCGACCACCAGAUUCGCCGCCGCCUCCUCCUCCUGCUCCACCACGUGGCUGCCUUCUCCUCUCUCUCUCUCUCUCCUUCUCCUCCUCCAAGUUACCAGGUACCAGGUAUCACGGAUACCAGGUACAAGGUAUUAGGUAUCAUGGUACCAGAUACCAGGUACCAGCCGGUACCAGAUUUCAGGUAUCAAAGGUAUCAGUCGGUACCAAAGGUACCAAGCACCAGGUACCAACUGAUACCCAAGGUACUAGGUAUCAAGAUGGAGUGCACGUGGAAGCGGAGAGGAGUCACUUAAAUUAUCCCGUUACAACGGGAUCCCGUUUUGUAGCCGCUCUCAUAAAUAUAUUAUAAUUAUAACCAGUCUCUUAUAGUUGGAUUACCCACCAUGGAUUAGUCUCUUGUAGUUGGAUUAUUCCCCCACCAUGGAUUAGGGUGAUUAAACCGGACCUCUUGUUGUGCAGGCAGUAAAAGGUGGUUGUGUGCUUGUUGUGACACAACAUUUACCCCCAAAUUUAGCUCUCAUUUGAGCUCGUCAGCUAAUUAAAUAUGUGAAGAUCAAGUUGCUGCAGUUGAUGAUUUUGAAUUAUGGAUCAUUCAAUCAUGGGAAAGAGACAAAGAAUGGUACACUGGUAAUGAUCGGACUUUGAGCCGAUUUAUAUAUGAGGAUCAUUUAAACAUGGGAAAGAGCCAAAGAAUGGUAAGCUGGUACUAAUCGGAUUUUGUGAGUCAAUUUAUAUAUGAAAAUUUCUGCAGUGGACAAAACACUUGGUACUGCUGUCAUAGGAGUUCUAGAGGCCUUCAAGAGCAUGGUUUCUGGUCAGCACGGUAGAUUUCAUAGAGUUGUGGUGCAGAACAUUCUGAAAAACCUAUGUGCCUAUGCCAAACCAGACAGUGACUGCCAAUACUCCAUGCAGAAAUUUUCUGUAGACAACAUCUCGAUGGCACUUAGAACUAUGUAUCAGACAGACAAUCUUAUAGGGGAGGACAUGGAGGCCUUUCUUGGCCUUGUUUUGCAGUUCAGCAAACUUCUCUGUGAGACCGAUUUCAUCGAGGCUGUCAACGGAAAUGGAAUCGGCUUAAGGAAUUUUGUACAGAAGCUGAAAUUAAUCCUGAAGCAAGCAAAUUCACAUAGAACUGAAGCAAGCGUACACCCUGGAAUCAGAAGAUCCGCAAUUGAGCAGGUCAUAUGGAUGGCGCAACUGAAGCCUGAACCUCACUGCAUCGACCAUUUCAUCGACUGCUAAAUGCGGGACGAUCUGGUGAUGGCGCAGCAGACAGCCAGAAGGGCAUGGCAAGAGAAUUUCAAGCUUUCAUCUGGAGGCGUCUCUGUCCUGGAGUACGAAGAGUCCCUUCGCUCUGUUGCCUCGAGGGCACUGAAGCUGAUCCUCGGUGUAGGGAUGAAAACGGUCGGAAACGGUCGGAAAAACCCUCUACCAUUUCCAUUUUCAUUUUAUUUUCUCGAAAAUGGAAUCGGAAUGGCAUACUCGGAAACGGUAACGAUAUCGGUAAUGUCGGUAUAUCGGAAACGGAACCGUUGGAACGGGAAUCUACCGAUGUCGGCCAGAAGUCGAAAAUUCAUGUCGGAAACAGCGAACCGUGGUAUCAUCCCACAUUUAACUAUAUAUGAAGAUGGCCUUAUAAUUUCA